AUGCCAUUCAAGUGCUUCAAGUACAACUACUUCUACACCUCGUCAAAGAGAUACCACACAGCGGCCAAGCACAACGCUACCGCCUUCUUUGAUUCAUCCUUCAACUACAUCAAACAAAAUAGCCACCUGCUAUCAUUGGAAUCAAUAUCAAAUGGCGCAAGAAACUACCCAAACCCUCACCCUGCUAAUUCAGCAACAACAAACUACCUUCAAUUUGACUACAACUCCAACAAUAAUAUCCUGCUGAAUGAUGAUGAUAAUAAUUCCUCCAAUGCUGCUGUGUCUCCUGCCACCAUCAAAAGUAAUGAAAACACCCUAAUUGAUGACUCUUUACACACACACCUCAGCAACCCAAUAACACUCAUAUUCCCUUACCAACUACAACAGGUAGCACUAGCAAUCAACAAAUCGAACUAUCAGCAGAUUUUGAAGAAAGUGCCCGCUGUCAAUGUAACUGAUGUAUUGAAUUCAAGUGCCAAAUUAUCCCCAUCACCAUCAUUGCAACCACAAUCACAUCUAUUCAAUCAGCAGAAUCAACCAGCUAUCCAAAGACAUCAUUUACACACAUCUGCAUUAGUACAUAACAAACUAGAGGACAUCAAGUCAUCACCAACCUUAUUAAACUCUGAAGAGCAAGAACCAAAAUUUUUUCAACCAAUUACAACUGAGAAAAUACCUGAUAUCGAGUUGAGUGAUGCAACUUUCUUACGUGAACAAAGUGAAAGAAUUUACGUGGCGUAUGAUCAACAUAGAUAUAGAAGAAUACACUCUCAUUAUAUGGCCAUCAAAAGAAACAACAUUGUUCCUUCAAGAGAAAUUUAUACCAUUGUCUUAUCCUCAAUAUCUAAGAGAUCAAUUGAUGAUACUUUAGAUGAUAAACUGUCCACAAUGCUGAACGUUUAUCAAGAUUUGAUCCAACAUAAAAUCAAACCAGAUUUAGCAAUUUAUUCCGUUGUUAUUAAUGAUUUGUUAGAGGGUUCAAUCAAAUCCUCAUUGGAUUCUAAUAUCAGUUCAAAUGGUGCAGAUUUUUUCAAAAUUGCAAUUGAUAUUUUCAAUGCUUCAAAUUGUUCACAAGUUCAAAAUUUUGAUAAUCAUUUAAUUGAUUCAAUUUUAAUCGGUAUGAACCUUUAUCCAGGCGUUGUGAACAUGGAUUCAUUGAUGAAUCUGUUAGACAAACAAGAAAAUUUCAACAAGAGUCAUAUUUAUUACAUUGGUUUAAUAAAUAAUUGCAAACUAACCAAUGAUUCUGAAAAAGCCAUAAGUUUAUAUGAGGAAUUCAAAACUGAAAGCUUGACAUCACCAUUAUUAGCUGAAAAGCAAUUUUUAAUUUAUUCAACAUUUAUCUCAACUUUGGUAUCUAUAGGUGAAAUUACAUUAGCUACAAAAUUUUUGGAUAAAUUAUUAAGCACUAUUAAGAAUUAUGAAGAAUUUGAACCAAAAUUAACAAUGCUGUUAAGUUCAUACAUUAUUACCCUUUCAAAGCAAAAUGUUGGUAAAGCUUUAGAAAUUUGGUCUCAAUUUAAUAGCAUUGAUUGGAUUCCUGAAUUUUCUUAUGAAUUUUAUUCAAAUCUUUUAUAUCAAACUCAAGAAUUUAAUGACGCUGAAAGAAUCUACAAUUAUAUGGUUUGUUUACCAAAAACAGAUGCAAAGACAAAAUUAAACAAGUUGAAUUUAGAAACCAUUUUAAUUGACCCAGUAAUGAUUAAUGACUCAAUAUCAAGAUUUUUAAUUUCUGCAAUACAAUACGAUCAUAAACAAUAUGUUUUAAAAGUGAUUAAAGAAUCAUUUAUCAGAAAGACAACUUUUGAUAUGUCUGUCUACCCAUUGGUUUUUUACUAUUUGAAUAACGUUGAGCUGACAACAAAGAUUUUGAAUUUACAUGGAUGCUUAAUGAAUAAUGGAUUUGAGUUUUUAUCAUAUUUAACUUCUGUCGAAACAACAGCAUUGUCACCACAAGAACUCAUUCAAACAAAAUUUUUCCAAAAAUUGGUUCAAGAUUACAAAUUAGAUAAACUUGAAAAUUAUGAUGGCUUUUACAAAAUUUUCAAUUCGGUUUUCACUUCAGAGUCUCCAAAUUCAAUAGAAACUUUGGAAUUAUGUGCAUCGUUGAUUAUUGAAUUUCAUGAUUUGGACAAUUAUUAUGUGGAAAUUCCAAACAUUGAGACUAGAGAGUUUAAAGAUGAAUUGACAAAGUUUUUCAAACAAACUGUUGAAGAAAAUAACUUAACUUCUGACAAUCUCAAAUCAGAAACAAUUGCGGAUGCAAUCAAAUUGUUAUUUUGA